AUGAACACCCACCAGCCAACUUCCUCGGCCAUUAACGGCGUCGAGUUUGGCUUCUUGACCACAAGCGACAUCAAGUCGCUCUCGGUGAAGCGCAUCACGAACCCGACCACCUUCGAUACACUGCUUCACCCCGUACCCGGCGGUCUGCACGAUGCUGCACUGGGCGCUUUCUUGGACAACCCAUGCGGAACAUGCGGUCUCACCAGCUUCCUGGGCUGUCCUGGCCACUGCGGCCACAUCGAGCUUCCCGUACCCGUAUACCACCUCACCUUCAUGGAUCAGCUGCUGCGACUGCUCCGGGGCAAGUGUGCAUACUGCCACCAGCUCAAGCUCGCCCGGGUCCAGAUCAACGAAUUCGUCUCCAAGCUGCGGUUAAUACGAUGUGGAUUGGUAAAAGAGGCGGCCGAGAUGCACGAGCAUAUCAACAUGGAGAAGGGCAAGUCCAACACUCAAAAUGCAGACAAUUCGGAAGACGACGACGACGAUGACAACACCGACAUCAUCACACAGCGCAACAGCUACGUCAAGAAGUGCAUGAAACGGGCAAACAUCUCCAAGCACGAUGCACGAUCGAUACGCGACAAGAAUGAGACCAUCUCUGACGCGCGGCGACAAGUGGUCAAGGACUUCUACGCCGAUCUCAGCAAGCGCAAGACCUGCGGCAAUUGCCAGGGCAUCAGCCCAACAUACCGCAAGGACCGUGGCAUCAAGAUCUUCCGAAAGGCCAUGAGCCAGAAAGACAAGGCCAAGAUGGCUCAGCUGGAAAAGCGCAUACAGAACCCGCUGGAUGUCCUGGCUCGCAGAGACGCCAGGGCGAAGAAGCAACACGUACACGCGGAUGAAGGAGUUGCGGACCUGGACCCCAUCUCGGACGAAGACGAAGGCGUUGAUAUGGAGGACAUACAGCAGGCCGACGGGUCGCUCCUUGCUACCGAGUCGCGCAUGGCACGGAAAGCGAAGCCCGCAACCGAUGCCUCCGAGAGUCUGCAGGAGUACGUGAGUGCAACAGAAGUCAAGGCGGCCAUGACUCUGCUCUUCGAAGGCGAGCCUGAGAUAAUGCGGCUGCUCUACAGCCCUUACGGAACCAAGUCUCUUGUCGAUGUAAACGCCGACAUGUUCUUUACCCAAGCCGUCAUUGUACCACCAAACAAGUACAGACCGGAGGACAAGACCGGCGACUCCAUUGCCGAAUCCGCCAGAAACAAGCUCUACAAGAGCAUUCUCGAAGCAUGCGACACGAUCCGUCAAAUCAGCCAGGAGAUGCAGGGCAAACCCAACGAACUUGGAUACCGACAGCGCAACUUCGACGACAUGCAGACCCAGUUCGUCGCUCUUCAAGGCGCUGUGAACGCGCUCAUCGACCGUGAUGCAAACCCCGUACAGGGCCGCGCGGCAGUCACAAAUGCUGAUGGUAUCAAGCAGGGUCUGGAAAAGAAGGAGGGUCUCUUCCGAAAAAACAUGAUGGGCAAGCGUGUCAACUUCGCCGCGCGCAGUGUCAUUUCGCCCGACCCGAACAUCGAGACGAACGAGAUCGGUGUCCCCCCAGUGUUCGCCAUGAAGCUUACAUACCCGGAACCCGUCACAAACCACAACUUUUACGAUCUCAAAGAAGCCGUCCUAAACGGCCCAGACAAGUGGCCAGGAGCGCAUGCUAUUGAGAACGAGUUUGGGCAAGUCAUCUCCCUGAGGAAGAAGAACUACGAGGAGCGACUAGCUCUGGCGAACCAGCUGCUCGCACCCUCGAAUUCGUACUCGAACGGUGCUCGGAACAAGAAGGUGCAUCGUCAUCUGAACAACGGCGACGUUGUCAUCAUGAACCGACAACCGACACUGCAUAAGCCUUCGAUGAUGGCGCAUCGAGCACGUGUUCUACCAGGAGAGAAGACCAUUCGCAUGCACUACGCCAACUGUAACACAUACAACGCCGAUUUCGACGGUGACGAGAUGAACAUGCAUUUCCCCCAGAACGAGCUUGCCCGAGCGGAGGCUAUGACGGUAGCGGACACAGAUCACCAAUACCUAUCUGCGACUGCUGGAAAGCCGCUGCGUGGUUUGAUUCAGGACCAUAUUUCCAUGGGAGUCUGGCUUUCGAACAAGGACACAUUCUUCACACGGGAAGAGUACCACCAACUACUAUACUCUUGUCUGCGACCUGAAGAUGGACAUACGACAUCAGGCAGACUUGAGACUGUGAUCCCUGCAGUACUAAAGCCCCGGCCAAUGUGGACAGGAAAGCAGAUCAUCAGCACUGUUCUGAAGAACAUUAAGCCUGCAGAAUAUCAGGAAUUGACGCUCAUGUCCAAGUCAUCAACCAAUGGCAAGCUUUGGGGUGCCCACGUUGAAGAGCAGAUUGUCAUUGUCAAGGAUGGCCAACUGCUUUCCGGUAUCAUGGACAAGAGUCAAAUUGGACCUGCCGCAGGUGGACUGAUUAACGGUAUCUACGAAGCUUAUGGGGAGACGAUUGCCGGACGCGCCCUGAGUAUUAUCGGUCGGCUGCUUACCAAGAUGCUUCACAUGCGCGCCUUCUCCUGUGGUGUUCAGGAUCUGAUUCUUACAGAGGAAGGAGACCGCGCUAGAUUGGAAGAACUUCGAAAGGCAGAGAAGAUUGGGUUCGAGGUGGCCUCCAAGUACGUCACUAUGGAUGCGGAAAAGAUUGACCCUACCAACCCAGAGUUACGGCGACGCCUUGAAGCUGUCCUGCGAGACGAUACCAAGCAACACGGUCUCGAUCUGCUUACAAACACUGCCAACGGCAAGAUCUCCUCCACGGUCACCGCAGCCUGUUUGCCUGACAAGCUCAUCAAGCCAUUCCCGAAGAACCAAAUGCAAGCCAUGACAGGUUCUGGUGCCAAGGGUAGUAUGGUCAACGCCAACCAGAUUUCAUGUAAUCUCGGUCAGCAAGUCUUGGAAGGUCGAAGAGUUCCAGUUAUGAUUUCUGGUAAAACGCUGCCAUGCUUCAAGCCCUUCGAGACCAGUGUUCGUGCUGGUGGCUACAUUGUCAAUCGUUUCUUGACUGGUAUCCGACCGCAAGAGUACUACUUCCAUAUGAUGGCUGGUCGCGAAGGUCUCAUUGAUACCGCUGUCAAGACUUCGCGCUCUGGUUACUUGCAACGAUGUAUUAUCAAGGGUAUGGAAGGUCUCAAGGUCGAAUACGACACUUCAGUCCGCGACUCCGACGGUACCAUGGUUCAGUUCCUGUACGGUGAAGACGGUCUCGACACGACAAAGCAGAAGUACCUCAACGACUUCAAGUUCCAGGCGGAGAACUUCUAUUCGCUAGCCCAAGCGCUCCACACCACAGAAGCCUACCCGAAGGUCUCUAGUAAUGAAGCAGCUGAGCACAACAAGAAGGCUGCGAAGAAGGCCAGGAAGGGUGAUGUGGCAGCAAUGGAUCCUGCCACUGCAGUUUACACGCCAUCACGGCAUAGUGGCAGUACCUCUGAGAAGUUUUUGCAGGCUAAGCGCGACUACUGUGACCAAAACCCCGACAAGCUGCUCAAGAACAAGAAGAAAGACGAAGAGGGUGAGAUUCUCAAGCGUACUUUCGAGCAGAUGCUUGAUCUCAAGUACCUCAGAUCUCUUGUUGAACCUGGCGAAGCUGUCGGUGUCGUCGCUGGGCAGUCUAUUGGUGAGCCCUCCACACAGAUGACGUUGAACACUUUCCAUUUGGCUGGUCACUCUGCCAAGAACGUCACACUCGGUAUCCCACGUCUACGAGAAAUUGUCAUGACUGCUAGUGCGAAUAUUUCCACUCCAUCGAUGCAGCUGUAUCCUCACCCCGAGUUGUCCAAGGAAGACAACGAGAAGUUUGCCAAGAGUAUCACUCGUCUGCCGCUCUCAGCUGUGCUCGACAAGGUCACUGUCACUGAGACAUCUGGCCCUGGUGAACAAUUCGGCCAAUCCAGGAGCUACAAGAUUCGCCUGGACUUCUACCCAGCAAAGGAAUACACAAAAGAGUAUGCCAUCAAGGUUCGCGACGUCGCCGAGUCCAUUGAACAAAAAUUCUGUCCACGUCUCCAGAAGAUCGUUCGUGUCGAUCUCAAGAAGAAGGCUGCAGAAAAGUCCUUGUCAACGGCGAAGUCGGCUGCUAUCCCUACUAUCGGUGAGAAGACUGGUAGGAGUGGAGAGCAGACAGUCGAAGAGUCCGAGGAGACUAUCCGGGCUGGUCGGGAAGGCGGAGCAGAAGACGAUGACAGUGACGACGGCGAGGGCGAUAACGAUACUACUCAUGCCAAGGAUCGCGGCCGACGGGAGGACAGUGUAGCUUACGAAGAGCCGGAAGAGGAGGAACAGGCUGUCAACGAUAGGCUUGACCGAGAAGACGAGGUCAGCGAAGACGAUGAGACGUACGGUGGCAGCCCCAAGCCCUCGCGUGCGGUUACCCCUGACCCCAACUCCGACGAUGAGGAUGAACGUAUGCUCGUCCCCACCGACGAGUCCUCGGAAAUCCGCCACGACCGUAUCUGCCACAAGAACAGUGACAUUUUUGACUUCAAGUUCGAUGACCGCAAAGGAGCUUUCUGCGAGAUUACUUUUGAAUUCUCCGCAUCUACACCGAAGCUUCUCAUGCUGCACCAUGUGGAAGACGCUGCCAAUUUCGCCACUAUCCACGUCAUUCCCGGUAUUACUGCCGCCCAAUUUUCAGCCAAGUCAAAGGACAACCCUGAGGAUGUCAUCAAUACCGAAGGCUCCAACCUCAUUGCCAUGCGCGAGUACGCACACAUCAUCGAUGUAAACCGUACUACAACCAACGACAUUGUGGCUAUGUUGCAUCUCUACGGUGUCGAGGCUGCUCGUGCGACGAUCGUCCGCGAGAUGCACGGCGUCUUCUCUGGUCACGGUAUCUCCGUUGACCAACGCCAUCUCAACCUCAUCGCCGAUACCAUGACCAAGGGCGGUGGUUUCACACCAUUCAACCGUAUCGGUAUGAAGGGUAACGUGAGCCCCUUCAUGAAGAUGAGUUUCGAAACCACCGUUGGUUUCCUCAAGGACGCUGUCAUGGAGCGCGAUUGGGAUGAGCUCAAGAACCCCAGUGCACGUAUUGUCGUUGGUAGAUUGGGUGGUAUCGGCACGGGUGCGUUUGACGUACUCGCACCAGUCAAGAUUAGGGAUCCGUUGAAGGACGUUGCUGAGGAGGUCAAUGACGUCGUGCUCAACGACGUUCGUGAGAAGCGUGAUUCCGAUUCGGAGUCUGAGGAAGAAGAAGAAGAGGAUGAGGAUGUCGAUAGUGAUAUUCAAAUGAACGACGUGGAGAUGGAGGAUGUCGAUGCUGCCGAAGAAGAGGUUGUUCAGCAAUCACCCAAGAAGAAGGACAAGAAGAGUAAGAAGCACAGGCGGAGUAGCGAUUAG